CACGUGGAGUGUAAGCACUCUUAUUAGAAAACAUAAGUUUGCAGAGAAAAGAAGUUGUAUCCGUAGCCAAAACAUUUCGCGAGGAAGUGCGUAGGACAAUCGACAGCGAGGCCCCUGUUUUGGCUGCAGCCUAGCGUCACGUUGUCUCAGUUGUUCAAAAGUCCCAUGAGACCUUGUUUUCUUAAGAGAGCCUUUCUGUUCAAUCGCUUCACGUUUCUUCCGUUCUUCGCGAAAGUCCCUUUGUUUUCGUUUUUACCGAGAACAGUCGACGAAGAGUUGUCUCCGCUCUUCGCCACUCCAGAUGCUCUGUUGUCGUCGGGUGACACAGAAUGGCGUCGGCGUCCUCCGUCCAUUUCAGAAGGUCGAACCUGUUGAUCUGGAGAAAGUCGCUCCGGUCGUACUUGCCCUAACGUUUCAUCCUCUAGCCAUACAACUCCGGCACCAACUGGCGAACUGGGAGCAGUCCGUCCGCUUUCGGACGUCGGGGGUCCACGCUUUCCAGCACUUCCGGCGGAACGGGAAGAACCGGAAGCCAGCUUGACUGGUUUCUCUAGGUUGGCGGCGGCAUUGGUUUUGUGAGGGGCCCGGCGGCCUUGGUCCUCGACGUCGGCGUUGUGGAGCCGGAUGACGCCGGGCCUGAAGGUGAGUUCGUCGCCGCCAACUGCGUCGCUUCCGUCGUCGUCGUCCCAGGGUCGACUGCUAAUCUGAUUCUGCACCUCGGCGUCACGCAGCGCGUACACCAGGGCGAUGGUAGCGGCAACCGCCAGCGCCACAACCACGACCGACAACUGGACGAACAACAUGGAGGACCUGCGACUUGCAGGGUCUCCUUCAUUCGCUCACGUGCCGACCAUGGAUCUUAGGUUUUUCGUUGCAGCGCUACUGGUGUCAGUGGUCACCAUUGGAUACGUGCAAGGCCAAGGUGGUGGCCUCUUGGAUAUCGUGCAGAAACUGCUCGAUGAGAAGAUUACCGAUCCCCAGACCAAACAGCUAGUUAUGAGCAAGUUGCCCGAUAUCCAGGUCUGCCUCAUGGGUAUGGCUUCCAUGACUCCUCAAGUCGCCAUGCAGGUCAUCGACCAGAUGAUACCGGCCCUGAAUACAUGCGGAAUGCAGUUAUCGUCUACGCCUGACGAUCAGAAGUCGAGCGUUUACGUGAGCUGCUCGCAGGAAGCAGUCGCCAAAGUUAAGAGUGCCACGGGCAUGAGCGCCGAUGAUGCGAAAAUUUUUGACGACGGAAUGGGGUGCCUGCAAAAGGCUCUGGGUUUUUAGGAUGGCUCACUACGGCGUGGGCUCCUUGCAGCUAAAUUCUACCUUACGAUAGAUUAACAGAAAAUUAAGUUUUAGAAUACGAUGAGGCGGGCUCUUGAAUAAAUUAAUUUUCUGGCAAUAUACAA